GAACAUAGAGUGUCCACGGCUUAUCAACCCCAAACAAACGGACAAGCGGAAACUUCAAACAAGCAAUUGAAGGAUAUUUUAAAGAAGACCGUGGUAAAAGGAGGAAAAGAUUGGUCGAAGAGACUAGAUGGUGCACUAUGGGCAUAUCGUACGGCACACAAAACCCCGAUUGGUACGACUCCUUAUCAAUUUGUUUAUGGAAAAACAUGCCACUUGCCGGUUGAACUAGAACAUAAGGCGUAUUGGGCGAUGAAGGAGAUGAACUUUGAUGCGGAAGCCGCUGGAAUUAAAAGGAGAAUUCAAAUAAGCGAAUUGGAGGAGUUAAGAUUGAAAGCGUACAAUAGUGCAUCAAUUUACAAAGAAAGGAUGAAGAGGUGGUACGACAAACGAUUACAAAACAAGGAAUUCAAAGAAGGAGACAAGGUCCUACUCUACAAUUCAAGAUUCAAACUCUUUGGCAAAGGAAAAUUACAAAGCAAAUGGGAUGGACCAUACGUCGUACACUCGGUUUCACCCACGGGAGCGGUGACAAUCAUGGAUGCGAAAGGCGACCAGUAUGUGGUGAACGGACAGCGA